GCCACAACAAAUGCGCUGCCCCUCCUCCAAAAUUAGAGCUGGCCACCGCCAAAGUGAGCAAUGCCCAACCUCGAAGAGGGAGCAGACCUGGAGACCAGGCACUUGUUGCCCACACCGCUGGGAAAUGCUGUUGAAAAAGACUCCGAGGGCAAUGAAGGAACGAGCCAAGAGCGAUUCGAGCGCGUCACGAGCAGUUUUCGUGACUUCAGUCUUCAGCGCUGCUGUCAAUGCUUGUUGGGGCCGGUCUUUGGAUGGCUUGGUUUCAGCUUUUUAGACACUUGGUGGCCUCAGAGACAUCUCAGCCCGGCAGAAUGGGCUCUCUAUCAUCGGCAGCAGAAGCAUAAGAAGGAUGUGGCAUGCAUUGCACGAGCCAUGACGGGAAUUCCCGUCUCACCGGAGCUGCUGCGAUCUGCCAUGCUUUCUUUUGCUGGAAGCGAUCAGAGUGUCGAUUUGUCCUUCGCGGAGCUGAAUGCCAUGUUCUACUUUGCUGGAUGCCACAACGACGCGAAGUCUGCGUUUCUCGCGUUCGUGCGAACUCUGCGGUCACCAACGGAAAUGCAGGGGGUCUCCGAUCGUGUGGCUCUGGAAGAUCUGCUCGAAGCCUUUGCUCGGUGGCCUUCGCACCGCUCGGCGGUGGCCUCUGCAGGCGCCUGAGGUCGCCAGAUCCGGCCUGGUCUCCGACGUGUUCGUCUUGUGUCGCAGAUGACUGGCUUCUUUGGUGAUGGUGUAAGUGUGGCCCAGUUGAGAAUGAGGGUCCCUUUUGAUUCUACCUUUGUGCCUGGUCAGGAUUGCAGGCAAGAAGUCACAAGCUCUCAGCACUCGGAAUAUGUCCAUGGAGUUGCCUUCUGAACAGCUUGGCCUGGAUGGUGACCACAUCUGGAGAUAUAGAUCUCGUCGCGGUGUUGGACAAACAUCUGUGACGGGCAGAAAGGGC